AUGGAGGAAAGGGUAUUAAGAAUGAUAGAGGCCGGAAUAAUCGUGUACGCCGGCCACACCGGCAUGGUCUCUACCAUAUCGCAAGUCGUCAUCAAUUGGGAUGAAGAAUUUGCCACACUAAACGCAAAGAGGGAGAAGGAGGAUUCCACCCCACCUGAGGGCGUCUUUGAAGGGAAAGGAGCUAUAGUUCAAGCAUCGACAGCAGAAGCAGCUAUAGUCAUUGAGAUCCCCCAGCCCUACAAAUACGAAGGCAACAAUGCAGUACCAUGCCAAUACGCGGCUGCCAAACCCGUCACUGACGAAGAAGCCAAGGAGUUUUUGGCCGUAGUUAAAGCCAGCGAGUACAAUGUGGUGGAACGAUUACGGAAAUCACCAGCACAGAUCUCUUUGUUAGAAUUACUUCAGACAUCUGUCAAGCAUCAAAAAUCCCUCAUGAAGGUACUAAGUGAAGUACAUGUUCCUGAAAUGAUUGAACAUGACAAACUUGAGGAGUUUGUCAGUACCAUCCUUCUAAAAGAUCAAAUGGCAUUUUCUGAUGAAGAGAUCCCCGAGGAGGGUAGAGGACACACCAAAGGCCUCUACAUAUCAGUCAAGUGCAACGCAUCUCACGUCGCUCGAGUACUGAUUGACAAUGGAUCUGCUCUUAACAUAUGUCCACUAGCAACACUAUGUCGUCUUAAAAUAGAGACAUCACGAAUCCAGACACCCAAAACUUCCGUUCGAGCAUUCGAUGGGACAAAGAAGGAAACAGUGGAAGAGAUCGAGCUUGACGUUCAAAUAGGCCCAACCAUAUUCAAAAUUUUGUUCCAAGUGAUGGAUAUCCCCACUGCGUUCAAUUUCCUCUUAGGCCGCCCAUGGAUCCACGUCGCUGGAGCAGUACCUUCAAGCCUCCACCAAAAUGUAAAGUUCGUGAUUGGAGGAAAACUGAUCACGAUCCGCGGAGAAGAAGAUCACCGCAUCUACCAUGAGAUGGCCAUCCCUUAUGUUGAACCUGGUGACAAAAAUGAAUCCAGCUAUCAAUCGUUCAAGCUUGUGUCUACUAUACACGAAACUCAAGGGACUCCACCCCAUGUCCCCGAAAUAUCAAGCACUGCGAUCAUGGUAGGGAAAAUCAUGACUGGAUACGGUUUUAUCUCGGGUCAAGGGCUCGGCAGGGGAAACCAAGGCAUCCGCGAGCCUAUCAAAGCCUUGAGGAGACCUCACACCAUCGGUUUAGGAUAUCAGGAGCAGUACCAUGAAGGAAAAGCAAAAAAGAAGACCAGCCUCGUAUACCCUCGCCUUGAGGAAACCUUCCCAGGCCCUGCAAAGAUGAUGCAUGAGGAAGAAGAAAUGAUCGGCGUUCCAAAACAAUUCAACCAUGAAAGCAUGAAGUUUCCUAUUUACCUGGGCAUAGGUCAGAAGAGCAUAACUCAGCCUGUACUUACAAAGAAAGAAGGGCCAGAUGACGUGACUACCAUGUUUGGGGACCUUUUCGUAGGUGCCAUUGAGGAGGAACAGCUAGAAGAAGCAGGCGAUAGCUUCUCGUUCACCCAGCUUCAGCGUCAAGUCGAUGAACUACGCGAUAGCAUAUACCACUUGACAGAAAAUUUUGUUCAAGCUGCCCGAGAAGUAGGACACUCACUAGAUGAUUGUACCAUCCUGAGAGACAAGAUUCAAGAUCUUUUAGAUGCUGGGGUAUUCACGUUCCGCUCCCCGUGGCUAUGUUAUGGCAAAGAUGACCUCCUUGUGAGCGUCAUCCUUGAUGGAUGGGGAGGCAUGGACGAUCUGAAAUUCACAAAGCUGGGAGCACAAGGAGGCGUGACUGGUGACUGGAAUAAUCUAGCGGCAGGCGAGGGUAUGGGAACGGUCCAAACCAACACCGUAAGUAGCCAUGAUAGCAAUUCUAAAGACUCGGAUGAUGAUUUUGAUGAUUCCGAUGAAAUUCAACGGAAUUGGGAGCGCCACGAAGAAGCAAGGCCCCCUACUACUGAAGACACCGUCAUUGUCAAUUUAGGUAGCACAGAAGGUCCAAGGGAGAUAAAGAUCGGCGCGAACCUUCCUAAAGAAGAAGCUGCAAGCUUAAUUGCCCUCCUAAAGAGGUAUCAAGACGUAUUUGCAUGGUCAUAUGCCAAUAUGCCAGGCCUUGAUCCAAUGAUCGUGGAGCAUAGCUUGCCAACCAACCCUGAUGUAGCCCCCAAGAAGCAACGACUAAGAAGAACCAAGCCGGAAUUGUCAAAAAAGAUUGAAGAAGAAGUAAUGAAGCUCCUCAAAGAGAAGAAGGGUGGUCGAAUUCGGGUUUGUGUUGACUACCGCGACUUGAACAAAGCAAGUCCAAAAGAUGAUUUCCCGCUACCCCACAUAGACGUUCUUGUGGAUAGUACUGCUGGAUUCAAACUUUUCUCUUUCAUGGAUGGAUUCUCAGGAUACAACCAAAUAAGGAUGAAAGAAGAAGACAAAGAAAAAACGGCAUUCAUCACUCCAUGGGGAACCUUCCACUACAAGGUCAUGCCUUUUGGCCUGAAAAAUGCAGGAGCAACUUACCAACGUGCCAUGGUCACCCUUUUCCAUGACAUGAUGCACAAAGAAAUUGAAGUAUAUGUCGAUGACAUGAUCGCCAAAACCAGACAUGGAGAAGACCAUGUGAAGACCGUAGAGAAAUUAUUCGAUCGGCUUCGCCAGUUCAAGUUGCGCUUGAACCCGGCAAAAUGUGUGUUCGGGGCAACUUUUGGCAAAUUACUUGGGUUCAUUGUGAGCUGUGAAGGGAUAGAAGUAGACCCGUCAAAAACCAAGGCGAUAUUUGAGAUGCCUCCUCCCUCGACUGUAAAAGAAGUCCUGAGCCUCCUAGGAAGAUUAAAUUACAUUGCGCGAUUCAUUUCCCAACUUUCUGAAACUGCAAAACCUUUCUUUAAGCUUCUCAGGAAGGAUGCACAAAUCAAAUGGGAUGACGACUGCCGCCUGGCGUUCGAAAAUCUAAAGCAGUACCUGAUGAAACCCCCAGUUUUAGUACCCCCGACUCCAGGACACCCUUUGACUCUCUACCUUACCAUCAACAGUGAAUCCCUAGGUGCAAUGUUGGCACAGAAGGGCCCCCAUGAUGGGAAGGAGCGAGCCAUUUACUAUUUGAGUAAAAAGUUCACCACAUCGGAGCAAAACUACUCCAAAUCAGAAAAAACAUGCGCUACGUUGGUAUGGGUGUUGCACAGACUCCGGCUGUACACUUUGCAUUACCUAACAUUCCUUGUAACUGAGAGUGACCCGAUCAAGUAUUUGCUCGGUCGCCCGGCAUUGGUGGGAAAAUUGGCCAAAUGACAAAUCAUGAUCUCAGAAUUUGACAUCCAAGUGAUGUCGCAAAAAUCAGUUAAAGGUCGGGUGAUUGCUGAUAUGUUAGCAGAUUGCCCUAAAGAAGAACGCGAGGAUAAUUCCCCAGACGACCGAAUUUCAACAAUAGAAGAGGACACAUGGACUAUGUUCUUCGACGGAGCUGUAAAUUUGUCAGGUUCCGGCACCGGGGCAGUCUUGAUAUCCCCAAAUGGGCAGCAUUAUCCUGUGGCUACAAAAUUGAUAUUUCCAUGCACCAACAAUAUAGCUGAAUAUGAAGCAUGCAUCCUCGGCCUGCAGGCGGCUAUUGAAAUGGAAAUAACAAAACUAAAAGUGUUUGGUGACUCCGCCUUAAUUAUUCUCCAGAAUGUGGGCGAGUGGAAGACAAGAGACGCCAAACUUGUACCUUAUCACGAAUACUUGGAAGAAUUGGUGGGAGAAUUCCAGGACGUCUCGUUUGAAUACCUACCUAGAAUUCAUAAUCAGUUCGCUGAUGCGCUAGCAACGUUAUCAUCUAUGUUACAAGUAAUAGAAGGGUUAGAAGUGGAGCCUUUGAAGAUUGAAGUCCUGGCAAGACAAGCUCAUUGCAUGACUAUAACUGAAGUACCCGACGGGAAACCCUGGUAUUAUGAUAUCAUGAAAUAUGUCAAGAAGCAGGAAUUCCCUAAAGAAAGCACUCCCUCGGAUCGAAAAUACCUAGUGAAAAUGGUUUCGAGGUUCUUCGUCAGCAGUGAAAAUUUGUACAAAAGAUCAUAUGACUCAAUCCUGUUAAGGUGUGUGGAUGCAAAUGAAGCCGCACAAAUAAUGCAACAAAUACAUGAGGGAGUAUGUGGCCCUCACAUGAAUGGACGUAUGUUGGCUAAGAAAAUAAUGAGAUUAGGUUAUUAUUGGCUCCCCUUAGAGGGCGAUUAUGCCCAGCAUGUGCGAAGCUGUCAUCGUUGUCAGAUUCACGGGGACAAGAUAAAUGUCCCUCCAACUGAAUUGCAUCAGUUAUCUAAGCCGUGUCCAUUUUCAAUGUGGGGCAUCGAUGUAAUUGGCCCAAUCAAUCCGAAGGCAUCAAACGGGCACCGAUUCAUUUUGGUCGCAAUCGAUUACUUCUCAAAAUGGAUCGAGGCCGCAUCCUAUGCAAGCGUAACUGCACGAAACGUUAUGAAGUUCAUCAAACGUGACAUAAUCGCCCGUUAUGGCAUACCGGAAGCUAUCGUCACCGACAAUGGGUCAAACCUAAACAACAAGUUGAUUGAUCAAUUGUUUUCUGAGUUCAAAAUCCAACAUCUGAACUCAUCCCCUUAUCGUCCACAAAUGAAUGGAGCCGUGGAAGCCGCCAACAAGAAUAUCAAGAGAAUCCUAUCCAAGACAGCUGAAAACUACCGCGACUGGCAUGAGAGGUUACCCUUCGCACUAACAACAUAUCGAACUUCGAUUCGAACUUCCACUGGGGCAACGCCUUUUUCCCUAGUUUACGGCAUGGAGGCGGUUUUGCCCGUGGAAGUAGAAAUCCCUUCCCUGCGAAUUUUAUCCCAAGCAGGAUUGUCCAAGGAAGAAUGGACACAACAAAGGCUUGAGCAACUGAAUAUGAUCGACGAAAAGCGACUGAAAGCCCUCUGUCAUGGUCAGUGUUACCAGCAGAGGGUAGCUCGAUCAUUCAAUCAAAAGGUACGACCCAAGCACUUUGAGGUAAACGAGCUAGUCUUGAGAAAGACACUGCCAAUCUUUCUAGAGCCCGGAGGCAAGUUCGCCCCAAAUUACAAGGGUCCUUAUGUAAUAAAGAAGAUACUCCUCGGAGGAACCUUGAUCCUAACUGAGAUGGAUGGGCGAGAAUUCUCUAAACCAGUUAAUUCCGAUGCUGUGAAAAAGUGCUACCCUUGA